AUGGCGAACGAUACUAGCAUUAACGGGCGCCUCAUGAACGGUACAUGCGGGCGCAAGAGCACUCGCAGUGUGCCGGAGUUCACGGAUGACGACCUGGCUGCGUUCACUGAGCUCUGCUCGCAGCAGACCAAUGCCGCAGACUAUCCCCUCGUCUCCGAGAUCACUUCCAACGUACCGAUCUACGACGCCUCCACCCUCCUCACAUCUGACCGCGACAUAACUAUGGACGAGCUUCACUCUGCCCUUCUCUCCGGACCCGGCCUGUUCGUGAUCCGCUCCGCCUUCGACCCAGCUGUAAUCGACCGCGCCUCUUCGGCUUUUGACACUAUCAUUACCAGCGAGAAAGUCGCCGGUAAAGGAGGAGGCGACCACUUUGCGACCCCCGGAGCAAACGAUAGAAUCUGGAACAGUUUCCAGAAACACGCAUUGACGGACCCGACCUCCUUCGUGGAAUACUACGCGAACCAACUCCUUUCCCUUGCGGCUGAAGCAUGGUUGGGGCCAGGAUACGCGAUAACGGCGCAGACCAACAUUGUCCGGCCGGGCGGAAAGGCACAAGAACCACACCGAGACUACCACCUCGGAUUUCAAGCUGCCGAAGUGGUGGCCCGAUUUCCCGCCUCCGCGCAAGUUGCAUCGGCCCUCCUAACUCUCCAGGGAGCGAUUGCACAUAGCGAUAUGCCUCUCACUUCAGGUCCCACCCUCCUGCUUCCCCACUCCCACAAGUACGAGGCAGGAUUCUUGGCUUAUCGAGACCCCCGUUUCCGCGCUAUCUUUGAACAGAAGAGAAUCCAGCUGCCCCUCCAAAAGGGCGACGCACUAUUCUUCAACCCCGCCCUCGUCCACGCCGCCGGAAGUAAUAUGACCUCGGAGGUUCAGCGUAGUGCGAACCUCGUUCAGGUCAGUGCGGCGUGGGGUAAACCCAUGGAGAGCGUGGACCGGAGCGCCAUCGUCAAGGCGGUUUGGGCCGAGUUGGCGGCUUUCUGGGAGCAAGCUGGAGAGGGAGAGAAAGACGCCCUGCUUGCCGCCGUGCCGGACGCGUACUCGUUUCCUACGAAUUUGGAUCGUGAUCCUCCUCCUAUUGGGGGUCACUGUCCUCCGACACAGAAGGAGCGAGUAGCCAAGGGUUUGGAGGAGGGUGUGGAUGCCGUGGAGAUGGGACGGCGGAUUGACGCGUACGACGAGAUAAGGCGCGCGUAG